GUGAGUUCCAGGUCAGUCUGGUCUACAAAGUGAGUCCAGGCUAGCCAAGGCUAUACAGACAAACCCUGUCUUGAAAAACAAAAAACAAAGCAAAGCAGCAGUAACAACAACAAAAAACUACUGUCUUAAUCAUUUACUGUAUUGGGGCUGCACAGAUGGCUCAGCAGUUAAGAAUACUCUCUGCUCUUCAAAGGUUCUGCAUCUUGUUCCCAGCAACCACAUGGUGGCUCACAAUCAUCUCUACUGGGGUCUGAUGCCCUCAUCUGGCCUGCAGGAUGCAGUGACCUAUGAUGAUGUGCAUGUGAACUUCACUCAGGAAGAGUGGGCUUUGCUGGAUCUUUCCCAGAAGAGUCUCUACAAAGAUGUGAUGGUGGAGACCUACAGGAACCUCACUGCUAUAGGCUACAAUUGGGAAGACCAUAAUAUUGAAGAACAUUUUCAAAGUUCUAGAAGACAUAGAAGGCAUGAAAGAAGUCAUACUGGAGAGAAACACUCUGAAGAUACUCAAUGUGGUAAAGCCUUUGCAUAUCACAGUCAUCCUCAAAGGAAUGAAAGAAUUCAUACUAGAGAGAAACCCUACAAAUGUAAGCAAUGUGAUGAAGCCUUUGCACGUUACAAUCAUCUCCGAAUACAUAAAAAAACACAUACUGGAGAGAAGCCCUAUGAAUGUAAUCAAUGUGGUAAAGCCUUUGUAUAUCAGGGUUAUCUCCAAAUUCAUAAAAGAUCACAUACUGGAGAGAAGCCCUAUGAAUGUGACCAGUGUGGUAGAGCCUUUGCGUAUCACAGUCAUCGCCAAAUACAUAAAAGAACACAUACUGGAGAGAAACCCUACAAAUGUAAUCAAUGUGAUAAAGCCUAUUCAUAUUACAAUAGUCUACAAAUACAUAAAAGGACACACACUGGAGAGAAACCCUACAAAUGUAAUCAAUGUAGUAAAACCUUUAUAUGUUACAGUCAUCUCCGGUUGCAUAAAAAAAUACAUACUGGAGAGAAACCCUAUGAAUGUAUUCAGUGUGGUAAAGCCUUUGUAUAUCAUACUUCCCUCCGAAUUCAUAAAAAAAUACAUACUGGAGAGAAGCCCUACGAAUGUAACCAAUGUGGUAAAGCCUAUACACGUCACAGUCAUCUCCAAAUACAUAAUAGAAUACAUACUGGAGAGAAACCUUAUCAAUGUAAUCAAUGUAAUAAAGCCUUUGCACGGCAAGAUAGUCUCCAAGUACAUACAAGAACACAUACUGGAGAGAAACCCUUUGAAUGUAACCAAUGUGGCAAAGCCUUUGCACGUCAAAGUCAUCUUCGAAGACAUGAAAGAAUCCAUACUUGAGAGAAAUCCUAUGAGUAUAUUUAGUA